AUGAGGGCUCGAUCGACCAUCAUCACUGGCCAAAGCUGGUGGCUCGUGCCUCUGUUUAUCGUCUUCCAGGCGCUUGCGCUGAUCCCCAGAGUUCAGGCAGCUCGCAAUAUCACAAUAGGCAACACGUCCCCGGAGGUAGUGUAUACCCCGUUCCUCUGCGAUGUGACUGGAGCGGAUUGUGAAGGUGCUUGGCGAGUUGUCGACGUCGAUGGCAUUAGCGUUGUGACGACCGAUGGACCGUCUCCUGCCCAAGGAAGCGUCAUCCCACAGAUGUUCAUUCGGUUCAGAGCCUCCGCCUUUUUCAUGACAACGUCUUCGCUCUCUUCAGCGUUGGCUAACUUCACUUUGUCUGCUGGAGGCACGGUCAUCACCCAACCGAUCAACACCUCUAUUCCUCUUCUCGGCGGCGUCAAUCUCAUCGAAGCUGACACAACGCAGUUGACCAUCACUUUCAUCUCGGGAGGAAGGCUGGAUAUCGGUACGUUCAAUCUUACAGUCUCCGAUGACAACUUGCCUCUGUCCUCUGUUCUUCCAAGCGUUACUCUUCCCCCGUCUAUGCCUCCUCCAACAUUCACCAUAGCGCCAACAUCAUCUAAUGGGCCAUCCGUUUCGCCUUCGGCAUCAGGAUCAUCAGGUGUUCACCCGAAUCUCAUCGCACAGGCUGUGGGACUCACAGUUGGCCUGGGAUUGGGUCUAACCGUUUUCGUCAUCCUCGCGUUCAUGUGCUUCAGGCUUCGACGGAGACAGCGGCAGCAGCAGCGAAGACGUUCUCGGCGUACAGACUCAGCUGAGGAAGAAGACCAGUUUCAUUCUGAGAAAACUCCACAAUGA